UCUUCAACGGAAACGGAAAAGAUAAAGCAAAACGUAACAAGAUAAAUUGGUCCAUUUCGUUUCAUUUCUCAAUUUUCCACGUGUGUUUGCAGUACCUUGAACCUCUUAAAAUGGGAAAUCAUAAAAUUCAGUGGCAUUUGAUCAUGGAUUUCGUAUGCCUUGUCGCUCUGGGUGUUGCGGAGAUGUUGAUCCAUGUCAUCCCGAUAGAACCAUCUCACAGAGGAUUUUUUUGUGAUGAUAAAAGCCUUCAAAAACCUUUACAAGAAGAAACUGUCUCUACAUGGCUCACGAUAGUUGUGGGUUUCUCUGUGUCGAUUUCCGUGAUUAUUCUGUGUGAAGCAGUGAAUGCUAAAUCUAAAAGAAGAAAACAGCAGCUUAAAGUUGGCAAAUUCAACAUCAAAUGUGGACCAUUGAUAUGCACACCAACAGCAUGGCAAAGAAGAACAUUCUUUCUUCUUUUCAUGUUUGGUUUUGGUGCACUUAUUACAAACCUGUUCACUGACAUGGGUAAAGUGACUGUUGGAAGAUUGCGACCAUACUUCAUUGCAAUAUGCAAACCCAAUGCAACUCUACUUAACUGUAGUCAAGGCUUUAUUACAGAGGACAUAUGCACAGGAGAUCCUGUAGAUGUUUUGGAUGCAAGAAUGUCUUUCCCUUCAGGUCAUGCCUCAUUUUCAACUUAUUGUAUGGUAUUUUUGGCACUGUAUCUAGAAUCAUCAAUGCCAACAAAACAAACCAACUUGGUGAAACCCUUUUUGCAAGUGGCCUUCCUGUCACUGGGACUGCUGUGUUCACUGUCUCGUAUAUUUGACUACUGGCACCAUUGGGGAGAUGUGUUGGUUGGCAUGUUUCUUGGUACCCUAGUGGCUUUCUUUAUAACGUUCCGAUCACUGAGGCUGUUUUCCUCUCCUCCCUGCCCCAAGUGUUACCCUACUGAUGAAGUUGACUUUGUAUCAAGAAACCCUGUGAACAACAGUGAGGAGAGAGCAGAUCUGAAUGGUGACAAUCAAUUUCCACUCGAAAGGGUUAACCUUGCGUAUCGAUCUCGUUCACAAACUAAGAUGGCUCGUGACUCUAAAACCAUCAAUGUCGCCUUUGAUUUCUUAUGUUUUAUUCUAGUACUAAUUGAUUAUUUGGUGACGAAGACUUUGGUGUAUGGUACAACUGAUAAGCUAUACCCGAUUAAACAGGGAUUCUUCUGUGAGGACAAAAGUAUUCAGCUGCCGUUUAAGGAACCUUGGAUGGACUACGCAGGUCUCUGUGCGCUGGUUUAUAUUGUUCCCAUAGUUGUGAUUCUGAUAGUUGAGUCCUGUAACAACUGGAAACGAUCAGGAGAAAUAGAUGAAGAGGAGGAAGAAUCCUUUGGGCCAAUCACCAUAAAGCCCUGGAUUGUCAGCACGAUUGCCUUGAUAUUUGUCUUCGUGUUUGGCGGAUUUCUGAAUGAAAUCAUCACCGACCUCGCCAAGAUAAGUGUGGGUCGGCUUAGACCCAACUUCAGGGAUGUGUGCCGGGCCAACUUGACUCAAAGUGAUUGUCAGCAGGGAUACAUCUCUGAUGGGAUGUGCACUGGGGACGAGUAUAACGUCAAAAUGGCCAGGAUGUCUUUCCCAUCCGGCCAAUCUUCUUUGACCAUGUAUGCCAUGUUGUAUCUUGCGUUUUAUAUCCAGUCAGCUGUGAAGACAGAAACGAAGCUGAUUAAGCCAUUGCUCCAGAUCGUGGUCGUGUCUCUGGCGCUCUUCCUGGGACUGAGCCGAAUCGCUGAAAAUGCUCAUUUCUUGAGUGAUGUUGUUGCUGGUUUCGUGCUUGGAGCCAUCAUUGCCUGGCUUAUGACUUUCAAGGUGCUGAAGUUGUUCGCCAUUCGAAUCCAUAAGCCUAAAGUUUACACUUUGUUACCACAGCAGUCGAGGCAGAUCUCAACUGAGGACUAAGAAACUGGCGAGGACUUCCGAAAACGGAAUACCAGAUACUUUUGUGUUAUUUAAAUAACCCUUAACACCCUCACAUCCGUAUGAAUACUGCACCUUAAACGUUUUCUGUGCCACUUACAAGGAGAAUUUGCUUGACUAUCACGAGUGUCUUAAGUUUCCGAUCAUUUCCACAUUAUCAUAUAUUAUUGCUAUUAUUAUCAUCAUUAUUACCUUAAUUUUUGAUGCAGAAGUGAUACUGUGAGGAUACAUCAGAUCCCAGUCUUCUGCCGAAACAUCUCUUGUAUCUUUAGCUCUAAUUAUUUGGCGUCAAGUCAAGUAAUACAAAUACUCAGAAACAAAACUUUCACUAGAAAGUGUCUAUUGAAAAUUAGGAUUCAGUACAAUAUUAUUCUAAGUGAAAAGUUUACGAGAGCACAUUCUUGUAGCAGAGGAAGUCUUUCCUUUCAUUCUCAUUAUCUUGGUUGUGUCUUUAUUUAACCUUUUACAUUAUAACAUUGAUAUUUAUACUCUCCAAACUGUUCUCUUUACCUUUCUUCUAGCAAUUACAAGGAGAAUUUGUUUGACAAUCAGGAGCUUCCUAUAUUGGUGAUCGUUUCCUUAUUAUUAGGCGGACCUAUGCAUUUGAUUUCAGGGUGAUGCUGUAAGGAUAAAUUAGAAGCCAGUCACUAAGCCUUAUGAGUUAACUGGUUAAUGAACCGAAAUAGGAAUUCAGCCGAAACUUAUCAAAACCCAGCUAUGCCAUUUUUCGGGCGCUCCGUAAACUGCAUGAUCAGUGAUAAUAAAAACAAAAGCACUGCUUGCAUGGACUAUGAAACAUUAAAACGGCGAUAACUGUAGAUGAAAAACAAAAAGACCCUCUGGCAAGAAAUUGAUGCUGUAAUCAUGUUAUCUAUUAUUGUAAUCUGCUAGAGAAAAAUAUUGGUUUUGACAGAUCACGAUAUCAAAUGAAAAGGGAUGUGUCGUUUUUUGAGACUU